AUGUCUGGUAACGAGAGCCACAAUGGCGAGGGUCUCCAAUCAAUCCUGCAUCUCGGCAACGAGCGUAUCCUCUCUCUUCCAAAUACCCAGCUCGCCGAAGACACAAUGGGUGCGUUCAGCGCUUUCGUUACCCGCCGGAUGGACCCCGAGGCCGCAGAGAAUAGCGGCUUGCGAAGAUGGCGCAGACGUGCGAAUACGGUCGCAGGAGGUAAGUUCGUUCCGUGUGGGAAGACUUGGAAGGGCAGUGAUGCUGAUAUGGCAUCGCGCAAAGGUCAGCACGGCCACGAUGUCAAGGAGUCUUGGGCCAAGCGGGCGGCGAAAGGGCUCUGGGAGCGUGUCCACAACCGUGACGGUCGAUCAAAGGAUGUGGAGAUGACUGGGACUGCGUUGAGGCUAGAGCCGGACAACAACCUUUCUACGGGGGUGAGAACACAGCUGCUUAUCUCUGCCCCUGUGGCUUCACCGAUACCUGCACAGUAUACGCAGCAACAACAGCGUCCCGAGACCCAAUCGUCCUCUCCCAUAGCCGACACGAUCUCCUCCUCAACGACCGUUACCACCACCCACUUCGGAAGCCCACUGACACGCGUUCCUCAUCAUACACAUGCGCGAAGUGCCACACCUGACUGGAUCCCAGCUUCCACAAGUCCCCGUGUCUCGGAAGGCUCUACCGUCAUCGAGUCGCCCUUGGGUUCUGAUCUAUCCUUUGACCCCUACCACGAGCUCGUCAACAGCAUCGAACGAUUUCACUUCGCUCUUCUUGUGAACUCCAGCACCAUUGACGACAUUUGCGGCGACGUACGAGAUGUACUCGAGAUAAGUAGCAAUAACUUGCUGACCGUCGGAUGCGACCUACAAAGGCUGCUAGUCAUCUGGCGUGAGCUCACCGGCAACGCAGCGAACGUUGCUGUGCUCGAGGCGCUAGAACCAUGUGCCCUUGUAAGCAAGAAGCACCUCGCGAAAGCUUGCCUAGACAUGAAGAAAGGACUUCAGUCCUAUCGCGACUGGUCGGACAUGGUGGCUCGCAACAAGAUGAUAGCCCAAUCUCAAAACGCGAUCAGUCAUGAGUGGCGCGCAGCCUUGAACGACAAGAUGAAAGCGCUCGAUGUGCUCGAAGCGCUGGACUUUGACGAUGUUGCUGCUCAGGUGGAGCUUGUUAUGCGGAAGUACAUCGGUGCUGAGGAGGAAGCCAAUGGCACGAGCAAUCCAGGUUUCCUUCGACCUGCCAUAGCCGAUGCGCAGACCGAGCAUGACGCGAACACGACCCGCGUACCUACACCGCAACCUGUGCGCGACAAGCUCGCCGUCGGCGUCGAUCACGGUCGGGAUCCCAGCCCCAACACGCAUGAUAUGGCGGUUAGAAUGGAUGAAAUACGCGCGAGGAUGAGUCGGAUGACCGCAGACAUGAAGGCAAGGAAGCUGGCCAGAGAGAAUGUCGCUGGAUGUGAGCUGACGGUGGAGGCAACGCAAGAUGGACGGACGAAAGCUAGAGAGGAAGCGGACGCCCAGGAAGGCUAA